AUGAACAUGUACGGUUCGCCUGGCGCUACUGUGCCCGCGGGCGCCUGUGAUAGCUCGACUACUUUGGAGACCCUUCCAGGAGUAUUUCACGAAAAUUUUGCAUUAGAGAGAAGGAUUGCUCCACAGAAGAGCACAUCAGCUUCUUGUGGAAAAUGGAAGAAGCGCUUCUUGGGCCAGUGUCUCGUUUUCGUAAAAGCUGUUGUGUUGCUGGUUGGGCGCGCGGUGCACUUUCGUAGAUACGCACCACCGUAUUUUCUCGUAGCCAAUGAUGAGCUAAAACUGCAGGGCGCCAAGCUCAGUGUGGCCGAAGGGCAGCCUCUAUACGACGAGUGGGGUUUGCCUUCAAUUGAUCAUUUUGAACAGACAUUGACGCCGGCUAUGAUGCGAGACAAAGAAGUUCUCGCUACCAGAAUAGCGGCCGAAGGGGGAUUAAAGCGAUUACCGGGAAACAAUAAGUUGGGAGUACUGUUCGCAGUUGGGCUCGUCUCACCUGGUGGUAGGGGCACAGGACUCGAAGACGAAGGUGGUAGUCGCACUGCGAUUUAUGUGAUUUCGGCUCCAGCAGUGCCUUCGGAAACACCUGUAAGAGGCUUAGUUGGUAUCACACCAGGAUACACAGAACCCGAUCUCUUGAUGGGUAUUAUGAAAGGAUAUCCUCCCAACCAGGCGAGUUCUGCAGUGCCAGAAGCUUCCACGGACUUGUGUACGCUCGGAGUAAUUCUGUACGAGCUCUUUCCAGAGGGCAAAUCGCCAUACAUUCGUAGAGAACGCAUGCCCGAUGUUAACCAGAUUUCCAAUUUGUCUAGGGAGCAGCAGAUCUGCAACUUGUGGCCUAGAAUUUCAGCUCCUCAACCGGGCGCCGUGCAGACCUUUGACAAAUGGAGGAAGAUCAUGUUCAGGCUGCUGGAUUCUGUGAGAGAACAGCGCAUCAACGCCCUGGCCAUUGUGAAAGAAUCCGCAGAUCUUGUAAUUUACCCACCUCUGGACUAA